AUGGAUCGUCUACCGGUAGAGAUUCUCCUGUCCAUCAUCCAGGAAAUUCCCAACGCACGAGACCGACUGAAUCUAGUCCAGACUUGUCGGCGCUGGCGUGCCUCAUUCCUGAGAAUUGCUUUCUGCUCGAUCCGCCUCGAAUGGCUUCAGCUUCGACAGCUGGCCGUAGCGGCCCUUGCCAACCCGGUGAUCAGGUCCUCCAUCCGCAAUAUUUCGAUGGAGAUCGCCGCAAGGGAAGGUUCACCGAGCGCAUUAGGCUCAGCAGUUCAGAACUUGAUAGACCUCAUCAGCGAGUCGCCCGUAGAAUAUGAUGCAUGGCAAAAAGCGCUCUCCAAAAACCAGGGUGAAACGUGGAUUGCUCUUCUAAUGGCUAUUCUCCCUAACCUAACUGCACUUUCAGCGCAACAUGGCCACCCCGCAGGCUGGAUCACCCGGAUUGUUGCGAAAGCUGCAUGGAAGCAAUUGCCUUUCGAUCCCAGCACUCUCCCGGCCUUGCAGCGAUUAGAAAAGCUCGACCUUACCUGGCGUGGUCUUUCCACAGUUCUGGGCCACCGCGAAUACCUCCCCUUGUUCCACUUGCCUUCCCUUCGCACUUUGCGACUGGGCCCAGUACAGGAGCUUCACUCCCCCUACAAUGCAGCGGACCACCCCGCCUUCCUUCCAGUCCCAGGUACGUCGUCGGUCGAGGACUUAGUCAUGGACUUCGUUUGCAACGGAAGGCAUGGGAUGGCCGAUUUCAUUACCUCCUGUGCCAACCUUAAGCACUUUGUAUACCAGCAUACGAACAACAUUACCUGGGUUUCCCGACAGGACGAGGAGGAUUUGGCGGGUGUAGACGCUAGCUUUCGGCCUUGGUGCUUCCAUGAGGCGCUCCAAACACAGAAGCACAGCCUGGAAGUUCUCCACCUGAAUGAUCUGGGAGAUGCUUCCACCCCUCGACCAAAUCAUCUGUAUAGAGAAGAUGUCGAUCCCAUCUCGCAUGAUCGGUGGUUCGGGUCGCUGGUGGACUUUCACAAGCUGUGGCAUCUACGUAUUCGCGUCAGCAACCUUAUCAAUUUUCACCCCAAAGAGACAGAGGAUAUGAUGCCGCUGGGAGAUAUUCUGCCUAAGAGCUUGAGAGUUUUACAUCUAGCCGACUGUAACGAGGACAACUCUACUGUAUUGGUCACCCACCUCGAGGAUCUUCUUGCUCGGCGAGAGGAACAGUUUCCAAAUCUACAGUCCUUACUCGUCUCUCCUGAACGGGAGGAACUACAUGGGACGAGCAUUUGCAUUAAGGAGUCCUUCAGGAAGCAAUGGACGACUCUCGGGGUGAUGUGUGACCGGGUUGGCGUUCGGUUCUCUCUUGGGACUGGGGAAAAGAUGGCAACAAAUCCAAAGCAUUGGUCUGCGGGAAGAGUUGUAGACGAGGCUUCGUUGAGUUAA